CAACCGAAAUUAGUUGGGCCCAUUUUCUACAAGCUCUACGUGAACGAGCUCGAGGAUCACAAAAUACGUUGCAUAGCGGUACAGCUAUUUAUCCUGACCAAUCCACCUCUGAUUACAUUGCAACGCGUAGCGAAAUACACUCAUUACGAUAAGAACGAACAAGUGAACUCUGCCGUAAAGACUACGCUACAGAGCCUCGCUAAUACGAAACGAUCGGAAUUGCAUAACAUCGCUAGCAAGGCGCGCCUUGUCACACAUCUAUUGAAUCCCAAGAUGAGUGCUAACUCGAUGUCACGAAGCUACUAUAAGGACAUUGAAAACUGGAUCGUUAAGGGAUUUUAUCUGCGAACCGUCAGCAGUGACAAUAGCCCACUACCUGCACUUGUACACUUUGGUGUGAAUACCAUCUUCGAUUUCGUGCAGCAGCCUACCCUGGGAACAGGAUACACAAUAUCGAACAUCCAGCAGUUAGUCGGUAAACUUUGGCACUCGGAGGAAGGAAACGGGAGAGAAGAAGCGCCGCAAAAAUCGCGCGUUGAGAAGCUUGCGCAAGCACUUAAGAUCAAGCCCGAAUACCUGAACAAGUUGGAAGGAAACGUUUACCUUGACACGAUGUACAAUUUGAUAUUCUAUCCCUUCGAGAGUAAUUCAGUUCCCAGCUAUUCCAAACUGCAAGAUUUCUGGAAGAAAAACCAGAAAUUGGAAUCAACUGUAUUCAACAAUUAUGAAUCAACAGUGAGCUUUCCGAUAGAAACAAACGGCCUACCGUUCGUUUAUUCCUUGGAGUCGCCAACACUUAUAAAACUUCAACUUGAGUCGAAAACACAGGAAUCUGCCAACAACGUAAAAGAAGGCACUAUUAAAGUCCUACUUGGCAAUAGGAUACAGAGGCGGUUUGGUUUUGUAGCACCUUUCGAGCAUCAGAAUUACAUGGCUGGUAUCGACGACAAUCAACUUCUGCAAGUACCAGUAAAGCUCCAAGUCGACUAUAACAUGAAUCAGAAAACCAUUGGGUUGAUGAUUCGCCCGAAAUUACCGCAAAAUCCCAUGGAUUCUCAACUCACAUUAUGGCACCACGCCACCGUUCCCUUCACCACUCGACAAGACAUUCUCAAUCUUCAACCCGUACUUCUUGACAAAAACACGCAUCACGUACUGACUUCAAAAAAACACAAGACCGCGAUAGAAAAAGACCUGUUUUCUCUCAAGGUAGAAUCUGAUAUCGGUGAAAUAGAACAAAGAGACAUAGGAAACAGUGUUGCGAAGCUC